GGUCAGGACCGUCCAUGAGCGGAGAAAAGCAGCUUCUGGCUCUAACCCUAUCCCCAUUUUGUGCAGUUAGCACGGUGGCGGGACGCCGGCGUCCAUGGCGACGGAUCUCCCGCGCGCUAAUGCGAUGCUCCCUGCCAAAGCUGCUACAAGGUGGGGAAGAAUUGCAUGAUUCAGGCAGUAACAGACGGCCUGCUUGGGCUUGGGAUCAGUUGGUAAUGUAUGACAAUGGGAAAGGGCAGCUCGGAAGAAGGAUCUUUGGAUCAUUUAGUAGGGGCACUAAGACUAUCAUAUCUUCAGUUACAUGAUACUAUUUGCUUACAUUCCAACUAUUAGCCCAUCCAUUAAUGAACUGGCUGCGUCUUUAUUUAUGGAACUGGGCCAACCAAGGGAAGUUACUGUCGGCCUCGAAUCACCGAACAUGGGCUGGAAGAUCUCCUGCUAUCGCCGUCCAAACAAAGCAAGGGAAAAGUAGAAGGGGAGAAGGACGACUAUGCAUGUCUAUGCUCCUCCUGUUCGUAAUGAGAUGGAGUCCAUAUUUAGCAUCUUUAGCCUUGAAUUGUGCUUUACUUGUUUGUAUGCCUUUUACACGAAGCUCAGUUUUCUUUUUAUAGUGUAUGGUUUACAUUGGUUCCACUUGUCUAAAAUUUGCAAUUGCCGAUUGAUGCGCAUGUAUGAUUUUUCAAGCAUAAAUAUCAAAGCUUCGACUAAUAUAUGUCCUCGUAUAGUGAUGUUCUCUCCAUUUUCCUUUGAAAAAAAAAACAAUGGCUAGAUAACUACAUCGUGACAAUGACAUGGUGGCCCCCCUGCUCCCCAUCCCUCCCUCCACGUGCUAGUGCCGAGGAAGGCGAAAGAGUAUCAUAAAGCAGCAGACGCACACAGAACUACAGAAGCAAAGCUGAGCAGAGACAGUACCGUUGCCAAGCUUCGGGGGAGAACCGGAGAAGAGACAGUACCGUUGCCAGGCUCCAUCUGGAAUGCUCCCGUCUCCCUGCCCAGUUCCAGUGAUUCUUACUUGAGGUUGAGGGACAGCCAUCCAUGGCUACCAUCCACGACAUCGCAGUUGGGGCGGCUUUCAACAUAGUCACCGCCGUCGCCUUCCUGCUGCUGUUUGCGUUUCUGCGGCUGCAGCCCGUCAACGACAGAGUCUACUUCCCGAAAUGGUACCUCAAAGGCACGCGGGCCAGCCCGGCCUCCGCCGGCGCCACCGUGGCUGCGGCCAAGUAUAUCAACCUCGACAUCAGCUCCUACCUGAAAUUCUUGAGUUGGAUGCCGGCUGCUCUCAAAAUGCCCGACGAUGAGUUGAUCCAGCACGCAGGCCUCGAUUCCGUCAUCUAUCUACGGAUAUACCGCACAGGGCUCAAGAUAUUUGUUCCGAUUACGAUUCUUGCUUUUGCCGUUCUGGUCCCUCUGAACUGGACCAAUGAUACACUAGAAAGUUUGAAGGUAGUCCACAGUGACAUUGACAAACUUUCAAUAUCCAACAUACCUUACGGAUCUAAGAGGUUUAUAGCUCACUUGGUUAUGGCUUAUGUAUUUACUUUUUGGACCUGCUAUGUACUUAUGAAGGAGUAUCAAAUAGUUGCAAAGAUGAGAUUACGCUUUCUUGCUUCGGAGAAACGCCGACCGGAUCAGUUCACUGUUCUUGUGCGGAAUAUACCAUCAGACCCCGACGAAUCAGUUAGUGAGCUCGUGGAGCAUUUCUUCCUUGUCAACCAUCCUGGUCAUUAUCUUAAACAUCAGGUAGUUUACAAUACAAAUAAACUUGCUGGUCUGGUUGAAAAGAAGAAGCAAAUGCAGAAUUGGCUUGAUUACUACCAACUCAAGUUUGAGCGAAAAGCAGAAAGGCCAACAACUAAGACUGGCUUUUUUGGAUGUUUUGGUUCUGAUGUGGAUGCUAUUGACUACUACAAAUCAGAGAUUGAGAAGAUAGGAAAGGAAGAAGCUGAAGAGCAUAAAAAGGUCAUGAAGGAUCCCAAGUCAAUUAUGCCAGCAGCCUUUGUUUCAUUUCGUUCACGGUGGGGUGCAGCUGUUGCCGCUCAGACACAACAAACCAGCAACCCAACUGUCUGGCUGACUGAAUGGGCUCCAGAACCUCGUGAUGUGUACUGGAAUAAUCUAUCUAUUCCAUUUGUUUCCCUCACAGUUAGGAGGUUGAUAAUUGGCGUGGCCUUCUUCUUCCUCAACUUCUUUUAUGUCAUUCCAAUAGCAUUUGUACAGACUCUUGCAAAUCUUGAAGGCAUAGAGAAGGCACUACCAUUUCUAGAACCUUUCAUUGAAACACCUUCCAUUAAAUCAUUCAUCCAAGGGUUUCUUCCUGGACUUGCUUUGAAGAUCUUCCUCAUAUUGCUUCCAACUAUACUCAUGUUCAUGUCGCAGUUUGAAGGAUUGGUAUCACAGUCAUCACUAGAGCGAAGAACUGCAUCCAAGUAUUUUAUAUUCUUGUUCUUCAAUGUAUUCCUGGGGAGCAUCGUUACAGGAUCUGCUUUGGAGCAGCUUAAUACCUACCUUCAUCAGUCAGCUAAUGACAUUCCAAGGGUCAUCGGUGUGGCCAUACCAAUGAAGGCAACAUUUUUCAUUACAUAUGUAAUGGUUGAUGGUUGGACUGGUGUAGCUCUUGAAGUAUUGAGAUUGAGGGCAUUUAUAAUGUUCCACUUGAAAAACUUUUUCUUGGUCAAGACGGAGAAGGACAGAGAAGAGGCAAUGGAUCCUGGUAGUAUCUGCUUGUACUGGUCUGAGCCUCGAAUACAGCUAUAUUUCCUGCUUGGUCUUGUGUAUGCUGUGGUGACACCACUCUUGCUUCCGUUCAUAUUGGUAUUCUUUGCGCUGGCUUACGUUGUCUACCGCCACCAGAUCAUAAACGUCUACAAUCAACGAUACGAGAGCGGUGCGCAGUUCUGGCCCAAUGUGCAUCUACGCAUCAUCACAGCAUUGAUCGUGUCGCAGCUGCUUCUCCUUGGACUGUUAAGUACAAAAGGUUUGGAGGAGGCGACGCCGGCUCUUCUUGUUCUUCCCGUAUUAACCAUUUGGUUCCACAAGUACUGCAAGCACCGGUACGAACCCGCGUUUGUGAGAAACCCGCUACAGGAGGUGAUGAGGAAGGAUACGCUAGAGCGCGCGAGGGAGCGCAACUUCGACCUCAAGGCGUACCUGGCCGACGCGUACCUUCACCCGGUGUUCAAGAGCAAUGAGGUAGACAAGUUCUAUGUCGCGGACGAUCCCGGGGCGGUGGAGGUGAUCGUGCCGACCAAGCGGCGGUCCCGGAGGAUCACGCCGGUGCAGAGCGAGGACGGCGGCUCCGACAGGCUCUCCGUGAUGGAGUCCGUUCAAGAAAGAUAGCUAAGCCACGUGCACCGUCGCACAUCCAUGGCCGCCGGCCACACUGCUGGUCCACGCCGCGCCGUAUGGUACAUCUGGCCGCCUCCUCUGCUGCCGCCCCGCCUCCGCUAUUCCUGUUGCCCUCUGCGCAGCCAACGAGGAUUGCCGACAAUGGGCACAGGAGCCGAGCCCGUCAAGCUGCUCCACGGCGUCUGCGGGCACGGUAUGGCUGCUCGCAGGACCACACUGCCCCGAGGAAUGCGACGGAGCUCUGAUUCAAAGGGAAUUUUCCAUGUUGUGACCGCAAUGAGGCAUCUGCUCA